GUGAAGACUGUAUAUAAGGGAUAUUUUCCAUGGUGUAAAAGACGAUAGUCAACCAUGUAGAUUGUUAAGACAUAAAAGAACGAUACGAUGUAAACAAAACAAAGGACAAUGUCGGCGACUUUAUUUUUGUGCCGUUGUUAGUUUGGAAUUAUUAAUUACGAGAGAUGAACUUUGCAGAGGUCUUAAGAACAAGUGGGGGCCUGCUGUCUUGGUCACCCAAUGGACGCUUUUGUGCUGUUCCCAUAACUGCCAGGCUUGAAAUCAGGGAUUCUUCUUCCUUACAAAUUUUAGUAACUUAUAACUGCACUGAUGCAAUUCAGGUUAUUGAAUGGUCACCAGAUUCAAACUAUGUAUUAACAGCAAAUUACAAACGUAACGUAGCAGAAGUUUGGUCCAUAGAAGAUCCUGAUUGGAGAUGCAAGGUUGAUGAGGGAUCAGCUGGCCUCAUCAAAGUUAAUUGGGCCCCAGACAGUCGGCAUAUAUUGACAACAGCAGAAUUCCAUCUUAGGGUCACAGUUUGGUCACUAGUCAGCAAAUCUGUGUCCUAUAUCAAAAACCCCAAGAAUAUACCAGGAGGACUUCAGUUUAGCCAAGACAAGGAGUACUUGGCUGUGGCUGAAAGGCAGGACUGCAAGGACUAUCUGUCUGUGCUUGAAACAAAAUCAUGGCAGUUAGUAAAGCAUUUUGAACUAGCAACAAGAGAUAUUGCUGGCCUGCAGUGGGCAAAUGACAGCUCAGUGCUUGUGGUAUGGGAGUCACCUUUAGAAUACAAAGUCCUUAUCUACUCUCUAAGUGGACAGUGUCUUGCAAAUUACUCUGCUUAUCAGUGGUCACUUGGGAUUAAAAGCAUUGCAUGGUCUCCUUCUGGGCAGUUCCUUGCAAUAGGAAGUUAUGAUCAAAAGGUGAGACUAAUGAACCACAUCACAUGGCGCAUAAUUUCUGAAUUCUGUCAUAGUUCUACCAUUGACUCAGAAAACUGUGUCAUAUACAAAGAAGUUGAAAAACCAUUAACAGGCUAUCCAGCAACCUUAGCCUCAGUUCAAGGUCUUCCACUAGUUCUCGAAACCACAUAUGAGGAAGAAGAAUCUAGACCCGUCAGUCUUGCAUCCAUAACAGUAGAGCCUGGGAAACAGGCAAACCCACGCAUAGGUGUUGGGACACUCCUUUUCAGUAGUGAUAAUAGAUACCUAGCAACACGAAAUGAUAAUAUGCCAGCUACCGUAUGGAUUUGGAGCAUACCCAAGUUAGCUUUAAAGGCUAUACUUGUACAUGCAAAUCCCAUAAAAGACAUGGCUUGGGACUCACAGCAUCCUCGUCUGGCACUUUGCACUGGGAACAGCCAUGUAUACUUUUGGUCCCCCUUUGGCUGUUUAACAGUUGCUGUACCAGGAGCUCCCACAUUACAAAUUACUUCACUAAGGUGGCACCCAUCAGGUUCACGAGUUGCUCUGAUAGGACGUGAUCAGUUCUCUGUCUGUUUUUUUGAUAAACAACUUCAGUUAUGUGAAUCUAUAUCUUCACAAUGAUGGAUGUGUUAAUAGUCAACUUCCCAGACAUCCUUAUCUUACCUUACCUGACCUUUAAAUGUGAAAAUAAGAUGAUACAAGGAUAUUUAACAGAAACAAACUUCUUUUGGUUUGUAUUAUCAAUAUACCCAAAAAGUCUGUAUUUUUAAUUAGAUCUUUCAGGUAAAGUUAUCUAAGUUGGAAAAUGAUAUCGGUAUUCUGCAUAAUUUAGUUACAGCAGUCCAUUAUUCAUUAAAGAAAUUAAUUGGAUGUAAUAGUAUGUUAAUAUUUAUGCUUUAUUUUUAAAAGAAUUUAUAUAUUUUUGCUCUAAUAGAAUCAUAUUCCAAAUUACUUGUAUUAGGCAUACAUAUUGUAAUUCAUACAAAAUUGAUAGUUUAGCAACUUAUAGGGAGAAUCUUUGACAUAUAGUUUCCCAGUAUUUGUGAUAAACUUUUAUAUACAGCUUACUUACAAAAAAUAAAGGCGACAUGAAGUUUGUAUAUAAACAAAUCAUUGUUGUACACAAUUUGAUUGUUCAUAUGUGAAAUACUGAAUCACCUAAGAAACAUCAACAUUUUAACAAUACUAAAGUUCUGAAAUCCUAAGAGCGUGUAUAUAAUCAUCAACGGAAAAAUGUAUUUUAUAUUUUCUUAAUAAAGUUAUUUUAGAAUUGA